UUCCGUUUCUCGGCCGGCGACUACGUGCAAGAAGCUCUCUGCCACUGCGGGCUUAAACUUGCUCUUCUUUAUAUACUCGUCUGUUUUCUCUUUCUUGCUAUAGAUCUCUCUGAUGAGCAUUUUAUAGCGAUCAUACAUUGUUCUCUGACGCACUUUUUUUCUUUUCAAACCUUCCCACUUUCAAACAAGAAAAUCUCUGCCAUUAUGUGUCGAAAGGCCGCUUGCAGUACUUGCAACAAAGCAACCUGGUGGGGCUGCGGGAUGCACAUCCCAGGUGUGCUGGACACCAUCCCCGAGGAGGACCGCUGCGUUUGUGAGCCCAAGGUCGAGCGCGACGGCAAGCAGUAUCCUCCCAUGGCCGCAUCUCCCAACUGA